AUGCCACUACUGGGAGAGACCGUCGAGGCCAGCCGCGAGAAACGGCUCGAACGCCAACAGGCCCGCCUCAGGGACCGCGGAGGGAUAUUCAAGCCGUCCGAGCACAACCCUCUCGUUGAACUCCUCCUGGCACGCGGCGUGAAUGGCGAGUCUCUCUCUAGACCGAACUCGCCACGACGCUCUCGCAGCCGCUCCGCCUCCCCUUCCCGCAAAGAGCAGGUUGCGCGACGGCGUAGCCAGAGCGCCCCUCCGAAUAAGCGUUUGCGGAAAUUGGAUGGAAAGAGACCAGGCCCGCCAGAGCUCGAGGAGGAGGAGGGCGCAUAUACCGCGGCGCAGGUCGAGGAACCUAUCGCAGGACCCUCCAAGCCCUCUGCACGCACUAAGUCAGCCAAGGAACCUACCAUAAAGCGAGCACCCCGGAAAUCGCGAGCGCAACCCGCCAAACCCAUGCCCGACGAAGACCAAGAUGAUAUCGCCUCCAAGCCCACAACAUCAGCCACCGUCAAGCCUAAGCCCAAGCCCAAGGCGGCCACGAAGGGCAUCAAGGCCAGCACGUCCGCGGCACCCGAGCCCGCGCCGAAACCCAAACGCGUCGCGAAGCGCAAGGCCCCUUCCCCCGAAUCAGAGCCAGAGCCCGAACCCGAACCCGACACCCAUAUACCCAGCGACGACGAACCGCUCGUACCACGCAAGAAAGCCCGAACGAAGGCAUCUGCAGCACCGAAGGCGAAAGCAUCCUCGUCAAGGAAACGCGCGAAUACUACCGCAGAAGAGGUGAUAAUUCCCCAAGAAGUAGAAGUGGAGCCCGCAAAGCCGCGUCGACGCGUCACCAAGAAAGCGAAGCCCGCGCCACAGCUAAAAGCGGUGGUCGAGGAGGAUGAGGAAGCUCCCGCUCCUCCACAGGCACGGCUGAAGCGACUGACGAAGGGCAAGCGCAAGGCGGAGCCAGACCCGGCCGACGACGAACCUCCCGAAGAAGAGACAGAACCUGCGCCGACUGCGAAGUCAAAGCGGCUCAAGAAAGCUCCUCCAGAACCAGCGGACGGCGACGGCGAGGUCGAAGCACCUAAGCCGCGCAACAGGACUCGCACUACCGAUAAACCAAUCAAACUACCUGCGGCCCGAAAAGCAGGGCCUUCGUCUGCUACGGGCACGAAGGGUGCACAACGUGCUCGGCUCUCCAAGGUCGUGGAGGUUCCGAGUGACGACGAGGCCGUCCCACCCCCUCCUCCAAUACCUCGCAAGGGCGCGGCGAUUACACCUUCCUCCCCCGAGGUAGCGCUCGCCAAGACAGCGAAACCCACGAAACCCGCCGCAUCCAAGCUACUGCCGGACCGUACCAACCACCGCUUGACCGAGAAGCCAGAGGACGAAGCACCUCUGCUUCCACUCAAGAAACGUAGGCCUCCAGAAGAUAGGGACGUAUCCAUUCCUGUCAAAAGCCGAGCCGCAAGAAGUGCGAAGCUACCGCCACCAUCGGAGAGCCCAACCCGCAAGGUUUCCCGUAGCAAAGCGCCGCCGGUGUUCGCACCCAAGGGCACUGUACUAAAGCCGAAGCCCAAGCCGCGGAUGUCGAUGUUCCCGGCCCCAGAAGACGACGGCGAGAGCGACAAGGACCCGAUAGACUUCCUGUCAUAA